ACCCCUUUGUACCCACGGAAAUGUCAUAAGAAUUUGUCCACCGAAAAAUUUUAAUUGUUUUUUUUUACUUUUGGGAGCUGAUAACUCAGCAGCUUCACAAAGUCCAAACUCAUUUUACAUUAUUAUAUUGAAUCUUGAAUCUAUAUACUUUUAAAGAAACUUUGAAGAACACAUAAAACUAUAUUUCAAUUAAUACAAACUAAGCAAAAACUCAAAAAAGACAUACUGAUACCUUAUUUAAAUAGAAUCUUGAAUCUAUAUACUUAUAUGUUUGAAUUAAAGGCGUUUCUGGCUAACUUUUUCAAGCUCGCUACGCUUGUUUUUCAUUAGUUACAAAGAAAAACCUUAGAAAAAACUCAAAUUUAAUUUGGUAGCAAAAAUCGUUUCCAUAGGUAGCCACCCAUUGACUCUAUAUUUUACAUUAAAGCCGAUCAACUGUUUAAAAAUCACCAUUACUUGACGAAAAAUAAGACCCAAAACAAUACCCAAAGAACUUCAACAAGAUUGGUCAGGAGUUAAAGAAAAAGGUAUGAUUUUCAAUCAAUGAUUAGGUAUUUGAGUACUAGUGAUAUAGAAGAAUAUGUCCACAGAAAGUUUUUAUUGCUUUUUUAAGUUUUGUUAGCUGAUUGCUUUGCACCUUAACAAAAUCCAACCCCAUUAUACAUAAUGUUUUGAAUUUCAUAUCUAAAUUUGUAUCUCUAACCCCUGAUAUAUCAGAAAAUAAUGCUUAUAUGAAAAAAACGUUUAUUCGUACGAAUUAAAAACACAUUUAACAAAACUUAGUUGAAUUUGCAAUCUACAAUUUUAUCUUUAACUUUAAUCGCAAUCGUUUUUUUUUGUUUAAUUUAAAAUUACAAACAUAAGCUUGAUAAAUUUUGAUUUGAAACAAUUUUAAAGUAAAAAACUUUCUCACUUCUAAUCAGCAGCUACUGAGCCAAGUUUGAAAACUUUAUAUACUAAAUAGAUUUAGUUCCGAAAUAAAAAACAAAAACUAUUCUUAUUCAUAUUACAGUCAACAAGCUGAAAAUGCAUUGCGUUAUCUGCUCAGAAGAAUUUAAUUGCUUAAAAAAAUUAUUCAUGCAUUUGAAAAUUCUACAUGGUUGUGAUAAAAAAAGCAAUUUGAAAUGCUUUGAAAAAUCAUGUCAACAAAUAUUUAAUGGAUUACCUUCAUAUAAAAAACAUUUAAGCACCCAUUUGAGGAACUUAGAUACAAUUGAAAUCGAACCACCACUAAAUAUGAACUCUACGCAUGAUAAUUUAAGCACAAAAGCUGGCAAUUCUUCUAGUAUUUUUGAAAACAUGAUACAAAAUAAUCCUUAUUCAUCAAAUGAACAAGAACUACCAGUAUCAAAUGGCAGUGCAGAAAAAAUUCAAGCGCCUUUACAAAGCAUUAUAGAAAACAGCAUACUUCAAUUCGUUCUAAGUCAAUACAAUAACAAUAAUUUUUCUAGAAAAGAUGCAUUUACCAUACAAAAAGCUGCUGAGAAUUUUAUUAUAUCACCAUUGCUAGAUAUAGUGCUUGCCAUUGAAAUGUGUGAGGAAGAUAAAAAAAAAAUAGAGAAUGUUGUUAAAGAAUAUAGAAAAGUUAUUAAUGAAUUAAAUACUGAGUAUAAGCUUGAAAAGUUCUUAGAAAAUCGAGAUUUAUUUAAAAAACCAAAAGAAUUUGACAUUAACAGAGAAAUUUCUCAUGUUAUGAAAAACGGGCAGAGCAUUUUAGAGGAAAAAGUAGAGAAGGGUAUUCUUAUGGACCUAAAAUUUGAAUUCCGAAAAAUUUUUGAAAAACCAGAAAAUCAAGAAGUACUUACAACUUUUUUGGAUGAACAUAGCAAGCCAUCGAAUAUAAGAAAUUUUAUAAACGGAGAAUUAUGGAAACAAAAAAAAGCAAUGUAUGAAAAUAAGAAGUUGGUACCAUAUUAUCUGUUCACAGACGAUUUCGAAGUAAAUAAUCCACUUGGAGCUCAUAGUGGAGUUCAUAAAUUAACAGGAAUAUACUUUUCCAUUCCUAUAUUCGAAAAUUAUUUUAAAGUCAGUGACAUUUAUCUGGCUGGCUUGAUUAAGGCUCAUGAUAUCAAAACAUACGGAAAUGAUUUGACAAUUUAUAACCUUGUUCAAGAAAUUAUUUCUCUAGAAAUUGAAGGAAUUGACCUAAUUCUUAAUGGCCAGAAAACAACAAUUUGCUUAGUAAUGGGCCUAAUUUUGGGAGAUAAUUUGGGACUUAACCAGAUUCUUGAAUUUAGUAAAUCUUUCUCUUCUAACUACUACUGUAGGUUCUGUAUAGCGCCAAUUGCAUCGACUAAAGUUAUGUGCAAGGAAGAUUCAACAUUGAUUAGAACUGAGGAAAAUUAUGAUGAGAAUUUAUCUAAAGACUUUUCAUCUACAGGAGUUUACAAAAACUCAAUUUUGAAUAAAAUUCCUUCUUUUCAUGUUGUAACUAAUUUUUCCGUUGAUCUUAUGCAUGAUAUUUUUGAGGGCGUUGCGCAUUAUAAUCUGACACAUGUAAUACAACAUUAUAUAAAAAACAAAGUAUUUACGUUAGCUGAACUUAAUGAAUAUAAGUUAGCAUUUUCCUAUGGAGAUACUGAGAAAGGGAAUGUCUUUAAGGAUAUUACUGUUCAACAUUUGAAAAGAAAAAGACUGAAUGCUUCAGCAAGAGAGAUGUGGACAUUUAUUCACCAUUUUCCUCUGAUGAUUGGUCACUUAAUCCCAGUAAAUGAUGAAGUUUGGGAGUUCAUCAUUAUUUUUAUAAAAAUGAUUGAUAUAUUGCUUUUACCACAGUGUAAUGACAGCAAAUUAGAUGAACUUGAACAUCUAAUUGAAAAACACAAUGAGUUAUAUCAAAAUUUAUUUGGCGAUACUUUAAAACCUAAACAUCACAAUCUUAUCCAUUAUCCUCGAAUUAUACGAUAUUCAGGACUUCCAAAAUUUUAUUGGUCAUUUUUAUUUGAAGCAAAACAUCAAGAACUAAAAUCAUACAGUAGAGUUACAUCCAGCCGUAAAAAUAUUUUACUUUCAAUUGCAACGAAAUUCCAAUUCAAGUUCGCUUACCAAAUUACUAAACCCAGGGACGAUUUUCUUCAAUUCUCCCAUCAUGAUGAAAUAUCUUCUGUUGCUGAAAAUAUAUCCGACCUAAGUUUCGAUAUAUUAAAUCUGAAUUCAAAACAUUUCGAAAAAAUUGAAUAUCUAGGAACAGUCUAUAAAAAGGGUUCUUACUUAUCAAUAACCAAUAAUUUAAAUGUGAUUUUUUUUAUAAUUACACGUAUAAUCAUUUUAGAUGCAAAUAGAAAAAUAUACAUGCUUUGCCAGGAAAUACCAACAAUAUUUAACGAUCAUUAUAUGUCAUUUGAAAAAAUUAAGCCAAAAGAAGAAAAAUUUAUAUUAAAAUCAAUUACAGCAUUUGAUGGACCACCGGUCCAUUCUCAUAAGAUUCUUUAUGCUGGUGAAUUCAUUCGCAAAAAACACUUUUUUUCAUAGAAAACAACGACUUCAAAAUGGAUGCUGAAUUACCAAGUAGUGAACUUGUUGAUGGAAGUGACGUCGAAGUGAAUCUUCAAUCUGAACAAAGUUCAAUAAUUUAUAUGAACGAAAAAGGCGAAUUAUCAUUAGUCAAUCCCAAUGAUCCAAACCAAUUAAACAGGGUUGAAGUUACAGUUCAAAAUAUCAUUCCUCAAAAAGACGCUGAAACAAACGAUGAUGACUUAGAAUUAGCCAAUCUACUCAUGUCGUGGGAACUCUAUGACCAACUUUACAAAUUUCUUAAAGACAAGAAAAUCAACAUUGAGGGGUUGAAAUGCAUGAAGGAAAGACAUAUCGACCAAAUAUUCUUGGAAUUCCCAGACUUCAACACAAAAAUGAUCUUCGAGUCUAAAUUAGGAAUUUGGCAAAACGAAAAUGGAGUUUUUACUGUGAGUCCGAGGCCCGUUAAUAAAUUGACCAAUCAACACUCAGUAGAAUCGUGGGUUAACACUUUGAGUAGUCCAUCGCCAACAAGUAGUUCAUCGGAUUC